AUGAGGGGAUUCCCAUCGCGGACGCUUCCGCCCCAACUUCGGAAGGUGGAUCGACCUGUUAGCAUCCCUUCUCGUGCUCGCGACCGUCUAUGGCUUGGAAAUGCUCCAUCGAUUACGCGUCGCUACCGAUACGUCCGAAUGGUCAAAUAUCUUCUCUCAAAGGACGAACAGGCGACUCGGAUUGAGACCAAAGUCAUGGGCAGCGCCAAAAAAGCCCCCGCACCCGGGGAUUUGGUUGGCAGAGCGUCGUUUCAUCUCCGCCUAGUAUGCUUCAUCUACAUGAUUGAGUAA